AUGGAGCAGGAGAAAUUCGUGUACAUCGCGCCCCAUCGUCGAGAGAUGCAUCCAAUCGUUAUACGAGAGGCCGAGAUUAUUUUUCGCAAAGGCGUCCGCGGCAUCUUCAUGCUGCUCGCUGUGCCAACUUUCCACAUCUAUCCUGACUAUGUCACGUCUGGAGCCCAUCCAGGCAGCUGGAAGAAAAUGCCAUAUGCAAGCAUACAGCCUUCCAACUGUUUUAUCGCGCGACUGCCCUCCGAGCUUGUCGCCAUGAUCAUCAAGAACAUCGACAUCAUCGACGUUCUCCACCUCGGGCUCAGCUGCCGCUACCUCUGGUCGAUAGGAUGGCAUACAAUCAUACGGUUUGCCGUCAGCACUCUUGGUCUCUGGGCCGGAACGCCUGUCGUGUGUAUGGGCCAUCGGCAUAGAUACGGGAGCGACGCUCCUUAUCCCAGAGGGCUGCUCUCCGAAGCCUUGCUGGCGGAGAUGGACCGAGGACUGCGCCGGAACAGUAGGGCUCGAAGCCUGUCGAUGGGAAUGUACCCACUGGACAAACCCUUGAACCUCGGGCAUCUAGCCUUUGACCGAUUCGAUCGGAUCAGGGAUAUCGCCAAAGAUAACCUGCCUCCUGACCUGACCGUGCCAGCCAAGCUGCAUCUCAACACCCAGAGAUACAGUCCCUACGACCUGCGGUACAUCAUCAACCAGUGUCCGUACGCCUUAUACUGGACCCCGCCCGGCGAGAUCUGGGUUCUCAGGAGCCAGACAGCGCGGGAGUACAUCCGUUCGACAUCCAUCGCCAUGCACACUGGAUAUAUCCGCGGGCCGUUCAUCCUGGGUAUCGGCUUCAGCGAGGCCAUCUGCCACCAGACCCUGUGGAAUGACAAUGUCUACAGGGGAGACUGGGCCGGCCAUGCUCUUGACAUCGUCCCCAUGAGCCGUUUACGCAAAGACGGCGGACGGUGGAAGGAUAUCGGAGACAGAGUGGCAGAGCAGAUCUAUGCUAACUGGCGGAGUUUCUAUGGCGAGACCUGGAGAGAGGAAGCCGUGAAGCUCGGGUGGUGA